GUUGCGAGGCAGGCAAAACCGUGGACACCGCUCAGCCAUGACACGCUACUCUCUAUCUUCCCUCUCUUCGUCCUUUUCUUUAAACCCCAUUAACAGAUAUUCCUCAAACCCAGACAGCAAGAACCCUCCAUCUCCAACUGCUUCGCUUCCAGUUUCUUCGCUGCUAUUCUCUUCUUCUUCCCAAGAGUUCUUGAGAAACGUGAAAUGGGUCUCACGCAAAAACAGAUACUAUCUCGCAAAACCUGCUGACCAAGAUAUAGGCACAAGGGAACCCUCUCCACAAGUUUCAGGAGAAAAUGCUGCAGCUUCGAGUUCAACUGCUGAUGGCAAUGCAUCCACUAGUUUCUUAUCCAUCCUUUGUCCCCUCCUCAGGUUAUUCUCUGGAGGAGAUCCCUCCCAAGAACGGAAUCAUGCUCUAGAGGUUGCAACAUCUUCCUUAUCCAGCUUAGCAAGAUUUCCUUGGGGAUCAAAAUCACUAUCAGGGAGCUUAGAGAGCCAGGAUGUAACGAUUUCUGAUCCUCCCAUGCGUAUGCAGCUCUUUGAAUUUGAGGCAUGCCCUUUUUGCAGAAGGGUUCGAGAAGCAUUGACAGAGUUGGAUCUUUCUGUAGAGGUCUAUCCUUGCCCUAAAGGUUCUAUAAGACAUAGGGAAAUGGUUAGAAGCUUUGGUGGAAAAGAGCAGUUUCCCUUCCUCAUUGACCCAAAUACUGAAAUAUCAAUGUAUGAAAGUGGUGAUAUAGUCAAAUACCUAUUCACGCAAUAUGGUAAAGGGAGAAACCCCUCGAUGGGUCUUUUAGAAAGGUAUCUCUCACAAAAUGUUACACUGCACAGCACAUUGUUCACGGGAUGGAUGCCAACAAUUCUUAGAGCAGGCAGAGGAAUGAUGCUAUGGGAUAAGGCAAGACAAGACCCACCACCAAGAAAGCUGGAACUUUUCUCAUCUGAGAAUAAUCCUUAUUCACGAAUUGUACGAGAGGCACUCUGUGAGCUAGAACUUCCAUACAUCCUUCAAAAUGUUGGAGAAGGUUCUGGACGGACAAAACUACUCCUUGAUGCAUCUGGAUCCAAAGAGAUACCCUAUAUGAUCGAUCCAAACACGGGGACUCAAAUUGGUGAUUACAAGAAAAUAUUGACCUACUUGUUCAAGACAUAUUCAGUAGCCACUGUAUAGUUUUCUGACCUAUGUUGCUUUACCUCUUAAGAGUAUGUAAUUACUAUGGUAAGUGACAAUAUAAAUGUUUCGAUUUUAUUAUAAAUGUAGGAGAAUUGAAAUUAAUGUUGUUAAAAUAUUGUCAUCAA